AUGCUUGACUCACGAAAUCGCACAACAAACUCUCUUCACUGUACUCGUCCUGGCUCAUACCCUUUGACUGUCAACCAACCACAUUCUCUACAGACGGGGCUGAGCCUACUAUUAAAUCCUCCAGACUCUGCCGCUCUCAUGCUACACCUCAGAUCCGAGAUCACUUACCUCAAUAGGUCUCAAGUGGAAAGUCCCGAUUCACAGCUCUCCAAUAACCAGGAUGCAUCAGCUACAUCGUCUUAA